AUGAAAAAACAGAAAAAACUUCAGCGUUCUGAAAGAAACGCCAGAGAUGCCAGCUCGCUGGUAAAGCCAGAACCUUCACAGAGUUUCAGCAGCAGCAGGAACAGAGAUGAAUCUGAUAAGUUUACAGUUAAUCUUGAAGCCCAAGGUUUACAAGUAUUCCCUAAGGAUAUUUUAAAAGUCAAAUACAUAAAAUAUUUAUUCUUAGACAAGAAUCAAAUAAAAAUUUUUCAAGCAGACUCAGCAGAUCUCCUAAGGCUUGAAAUUCUGUCCUUGCAAGAAAACGGGUUAUCAACACUUCCAUCUGAAAUUCAGUUACUUCAUAAUUUAAAGAUACUAAAUGCCAGUCACAACCAAAUAUCAUAUAUACCUAAAAAAUAUCACACCUUGGAAUAUAAGACAACUCUUUUAAAUAACAAUUAUAUUGAGAAUUUCCCAUCUUCUGGAUUAGAAAGUCUUAGAAACUUGCAAAUUUUAAUUUUGGGUAAAAUAAGUUAAGGCAAUACCAGACACCCUGCCUAGUUUGAAAACUUGAGGAUUCUCACAUCUAGAAUUAAUCAGUUAGAAAUAUUUCCUAAAGCUCUAUGCUUCCUUCCAAAAUUAAUUUCACUAAACCUCACUGGGAACCUGAAUAGAAAGUCUCCCAAAGAAAUUAGAGAACUUAAAUGUUUAGAAAAGCUUUCAUUGGAUCACAAUAAACUUACCUUUUUGGCUGUGGAAAUUUUUCAGUUACCCAAAAUGAAAGAACUCCGACUGGCUGACAAUAAAUUGAAAGUUAUUUCACCAAAAAUUGAGAAUUUCAAGGAACUUAGGAUUCUACUUGAUGAAAAUUUACUGAAAAAUAUACCAGAAAAAAUUUCCUACUGUCUGAUGAUGGAAUGGCUUAGUCUUAGUGACAAUAAAUUGACAGAAACUUCCAAAAGCAUCCAUAAGCUCAAAAACUUAAGAAAACUCCAUGUAAAAAAUAAUAUGGUGAGACUAACUGAACAUAUAUCACAUCUUAAUAAUAUACAUAGCCUGGAAUUUUCAGGAAAUAUUAUCACAUAUGUUCCCAUUGAAAUAAAAAGCUGCAGAAAACUAACUAAAGUUGAAUUGAAUUAUAAUAAAAUAGUGUAUUUCCCAGUAGGACUGUGUGCCUUAGACUCAUUGUAUUAUUUGAGUUUUAAUGGAAAUUCUAUUUCAGAAAUACCUGUGGAUCUAUCUUUCAGUAAACAACUGCUUCAUUUAGAGUUGAAUGAAAACAAACUCCUCAUAUUUUCUGAGCACUUGUGUUCUCUAACUGAUCUUGAAUACCUGGAUCUUGGUAAAAACCAAAAGAAAAUUCCUCCACCUAUUUCUGAUAUGUAUCACUCCCAUGUAACUUAUUUAUCCUGCAACAAGUUUGAAACUUUCCCUUCAGAAUUGUGUACUUUAGAAAAUUUGCAAGCACUUGAUCUUUCAGAAAACCAAUUACAGACAAUACCUUCAGAGAGUAUGCAAUUUAAAAAGAAUCAGAAAUUAAACUUCUCAAGCAAUAAAUUUAUGUGUUUUCCUAUUGAACUGUGCCAACUCAAUUCACUAGAAGAGCUCAUUAUAAGUCAGACUAAUGGGAGAAAGUUAACAAGACUUCCAGAAGAGCUGUCUAAUAUGACUAACUUAAAAAACUUGAUAUCUCAGAUUAAUGCAAUCAAAGAGAUUCCAAGAAAUAUAGGGGAUCUGAGAAGCCUGGUGAGUUUAGAUGCAAUCAACAAUCAAAUAAGUUAUCUUCCAUCGUUUUUAUCUUUAAAAACAGCUCUCCAGCAACUAAACCUAAGAGGAAAUAAUCUAACAACUCUGCCUAGUGCCAUUUACAGUCUUUCGUCACUGAAGGAGAUAAAUUUUGAUGACAACCCUUUGCUGAGACCUCCAGUGGAAAUCUGUAAAGGAAAACAGUUGUACACUAUUGGACGCUAUCUACAGAAGGCAGAUGAAAGAGAUGAGAAGAUCUUAGAGAAGAUAUUCAAGAUAGUUGCCAAAAAUAUCACCGAAACAAAUUUUGAAUUUUUAUGUCAAAAACUAAAACUGGCAAACUCAGAAACUAAAGCCCCUACCACAAAGAGCCCUAUUCCAUUAAAUGAAAGAGUCUGUCAAGCGUUUGCUAAAUGGAGAACAGAAAAUAAUUUAUCACUACCUGCUGCUGCUUUAAGAGACCAACUAGUUCGGUCACUAAAAAUGAUAGGAGCACAUGACAUAAUGGACAAAAUAACAGCUUUACAUCUUUAUACACGUGCAAUUAAAUUCUAA